CCUCAUAACCAUUUGAAAAAAAUGUCCAGAUACUCGAAAAUUUAAAUGUAAAGAUUAUUUUUCACUACAAGCGAAACUGCAACUGGGACAUUCAAACCUUCAAUCCCCGCCAAACUUCUCGGCAUCAGGCUUGAACAUAAAAUGUGUAAGAUGCUGAAAAACAUGGCAAACAAACACUGACAUGGCAGUUACAUCAACAUUGAUGGAUAAAAAUAGUGAAAUUAGGUGUUUGCUCAACUAUGUUACUGUGCAUGGGUUGUAAGCAUAGACUGUAAAAAAUAUGGAUGUGUCUGUGAUUUCACCCAUAGGUUUGUGAAGAGCUUUUUUAAAAUCAAUAGUUGGCUGAGCCUGCCAUCUUACAAAAAAAUAACUCCCUCACAGUUGUCAAGGACAAAAUUAGCAAUAUAGACCAAAAUCACUUUUUGUACCAGGCUGUAAACAUUAUUUUACUGUAAAAUUGGACAUUUUAACAUGGGGUCUAUGGGAAUUGACUCCCAGCCUCUAGCGGCCACUAAAUGAAUUGCUAUUGAAGUCACUUCCGUAUUGGCUUCAUAAGAGAGAUCGGAAGGUUGCCCCUCGGUUAUAUCUGACAACGUUACAGCAACUAAAGAUUAAGGUACAUUAUCGCCACCUGCUGUGUUGGAGAUGGUUCCUGUUUUGAGGUUAAUGAGAAUGUGACGUUUUGGACGUGGGCGUGACAUCUGACGUCACUCUUGGAUGUAGGCAGGAUUGGAUGUCCACCGCAGGCUGCAGCGGGAGAGACCCUUCUCUCAUUAUGCAGUACGUACACUGUCAUUUCACCAAUGAGAGCCAGGGCGGAAGCAAACGAUUUACAAAGAGGUACUUGAAGAAAUGACUAGCGUAAAACGAAAAGGGGAAGAAACUACAAGCGACCACAAGAUUCCUAGAGUCGACGCGAUAAGCUCUGAGUCUUGCCUGGACCAACCGGGAGAUCAAAGUGUUCACGAGGUGAUAAGUUAUGAACCAUCCAAAUUGCCAGCAAAACAUUAUGAUCCUGAUACAACUGAGCCCAUCAGCUGCGGUCUGCAAUCCCUCUCAGAGCUGUUGUCAUGGAAACUAAAUGAGUCCAGCCCAUUCAAUGUGGCCACCGUGCCAUUGGCUAGCAGGUAUCCCCCCCUAGCUAGAUCCCCCAGAAAGACAUUGGUGUCCCAUGACAUGAUGGGUGGCUACCUGGAAGACAGGUUCAUUCAAGGUGCAGAGGUCGAGAUGCCGUAUGCUUUCUAUCACUGGGAUUAUAUUGACAUCUUUAACUACUUCAGUCAUCAAAUGGUUACCAUUCCUCCAGCAGUCUGGACUAAUGCAGCACACAAGCAUGGAGUGCUGUCUAUUGGCACAUUCAUCACCGAGUGGACGGAUGGAGCAAAGACCUGUGAAGAGUUUCUAGCGAAUGAGGAAUCUUAUCGUGGAGCUGCUGACAAGCUGGUUCAGAUCUCCCACUGCUAUGGCUUUGAUGGAUGGCUUGUUAAUAUUGAAAAUGUCCUGAGUGAAAAUGCUGUGAAGAACGCUGGUCUCUUUCUCCGCUACCUCACAGACCAGAUGCAUGAACGUGUUCCCGGCAGUGUGGUCAUCUGGUAUGACAGUGUGCUGAAAAAUGGCUCACUCAAUUGGCAGAAUGAACUCAACGAUGAUAACAGGAUGUUUUUUGAUGCAUGUGAUGGAAUAUUCACUAACUACAAUUGGACCGAGCAGAGCCUUGAGUGGAUGAAUUCAUACUCUGGUGCUCAGGACCGCUUGGCUGAUAUUUAUGUUGGUGUUGAUGUGUUUGCGAGAGGAAAGGUGAUUGGAGGAAAGUUUGAGACCAAUAAUGCUCUGAAACUGAUUCGCAAGCAUGGAUUUUCAACAGCCAUCUUUGCUCCCGGUUGGGUGUAUGAAUGCAACGAUAAGACAGAUUUUCGCCAAAACCAGGACAAAUUUUGGUCCUUGGUCUCUGAUUACCUUUAUAUCCACCGUCCAUCAUCCAGGCUUCCUUUCAUUUCCUCAUUCUGUCAGGGGUUUGGAAAGAGUCUUUACUGGAAGGGACAGGUGGAGAACGACAGAAGCUGGUUCAAUCUGAAUGCUCAGGAGAUUCAGCCUUUGUACUUGUCUGAGACCAUUGGGGAGAGCGGUUGGCUGAAAACCCGUGGCUGCUCAGAGGAUGCUUGGAUAGGAGGCAGCUCUCUGAUGGUGGAAGGCAUGAUUCCACCUGGACUUACUCAAGUCUGUGCAAGGAUAUUUUCUCUUCACAUUCCUUUGGCAGCUAGGACAUUUGUCUCUUUUGUCUACAAGCCACCUGUGGGUGUGAAAGUGUCCCUGGAGCUUAAAACUAUAGAUGUUCCUCUGUGCACAUUUGAUGGGACUGAUGAAAUACCAUCUAGCAGUGUCUUUCCAGAAGAAUUAGAAGAAGACAACCAGCUAGUUGAGCAGUUUUCAAAGAAUUGUGGCCAGUGGGCUUUAGACGGCUGGACUACCCGAUGCUUCUUGUUAAAAAUGACGGGCUGCUCGAUACGAGAAGUGUGUAUGCGUGUAUCCCGAGAUGAAGGAGAGGAAGACGUUUCGUUCAGUUGCAGGAUUGGAGAGCUAAUGCUCAUGGAUGCAGUGAGUCUUCAGGCACCACUAGCGUCUGUCCAGGGCGUAUGUGUUAAUGAUGUGGUGUGGCAGACGGGUGACGGAGAUACGAUAAAGCUCCUCCUGAACGCCACCUUACGCUGGCAGUAUCCCACACAGUCAGUUCGCCAUUUCCGGAUACACUGGAGGCGCCCCCGUGGUCCCGACCCUCGCGUUCCUGCAGGACCCAUGAUUCUGAUAGGCAGGUGUUACUCUACCCUGUACCGUGUGGUGGAGCUUGAGGUGCCUGCUGCUCCAGCUCUCAUUGAGCUGGUGGUGGAACCUGUGACCAAAGAGGGUUUCUCAGUACCCGAGUCCCACUGGGGCCGACGCACACUCAGCUAUAGUAAGAGUGCAGCAGGGCAGCCGUGAGUGUGGAAUACUACAGCUUACGUCUUAAUGGAUUUCUGUUCUAUUUGCCAAAGAUUGAGGCGAGUUGAUGCCUAGUACAAGAUUUUAUAAUUCAGUGCAGUGAUGUUACAUGUACAGUGUUUUGCAUCUGCAUUCAUUCAAAAUACCUAAAACAUUAUCUGCACAUAUGUGUGAAAUUUUUAUGCUUAGCUACGUGAAAUCUUAUUUACUUGAUCAGAAAUUUGGAUGUGUGACAUUUAAUGUCGUCACAUUUAUGCUUUCGCCAGGUGCUUUUCCAAAGUGACUUACAGGUCAUUAAGACUUUAUUUACAGCUUCAAUGCAUAAUUUGCAUUUGGCAGACACUUUUAUACAAAGUGACUUGCAGUGCAUGCAGGCUAUACAUUUUUAUCAGUUUGUUUGUUUCUGGGAAUCUAACCCACAACCUUUGCAAUGCUAUAGCAAUGAUCUGUCAGUUGAGCUACAGAAGAAAAACAUUAACAAUCAUGAAUAUCACACAUAUGCAAGAUGACUGAAUAUUUAAGUAUGUUGUUAGCCUUUUCAAAUUUUUUAUAUAAAAAUACCAGUACUCUAAAA